UCACUCCCAUCUCUACGCACUACAUUUCAAUCUGUCAAACGUCAAAAACACGGAAAAUCUAAUUUAACCUUAUAAACAAACAAUUCUAUUUAUAAUUAAAUUAUAGCCUCUAGCGUUAGAAAAUACUCGGACUCCAUACGUUUGUAGCUAUCUCCUAUGUGGCUUUAUCACAAAAUGCAGUGAGAGUGCCUCACAAAUGUCUGAGACAACAGAGGAGGUGAACACCACAUCACUGUUCUACGAAAAUGGGGCCAACUAUUGGUCGGAAGUACCCGCUACGCUGGACGGAAUGCUCGGAGGCUUCUCUGACAUCUCACAAACUGACAUUAAAGGCUCCAGGUUACUUUUAAAGCAACUCUUCAACUCGAAAAACCCGCCUGAAAGAAAACAAGCAUUGGACUGUGGAGCAGGAAUAGGCAGAAUCACAAAGUUCCUUCUAACCGAUUUCUUUGAGAACGUUGACUUGGUUGAGCAAAAUGCCGCGUUUAUAGAGCAAGCUAAAAAGUAUAUCGGCUCUAAAAGUAGUAGAGUCGGAUGUUAUUAUACAGAGGGGCUGCAAUAUUUUGAGCCUGUGGCAGAAAAGUAUGAUGUGAUUUGGGUACAAUGGGUUGUAGGACAUUUGACGGAUGAUGAUCUAGUUGAUUUCCUUAAAAGAUGCAAGAAAUGGUCUGAAAGAAAAAGGUGUGAUGAUCCUGAAAGAAAACGUAACUUCAUCAGAUGAGGUCGAGUUAGACAGGAAUGACUCUUCUGUAACCCGGCCAAUAUCUCUGCUUAGAGAGAUAAUAAAAAAAGCCGAUUUGGACUGCUAUAGAGUGACAAAACAACAUGACUUUCCAAAGGCUUUGUAUCCUGUCUAUACGUUUGUUUUAAAACCAAAGAAAUCCGUGAUAUGUGAUGAGAUCUGCCAGGGUGAGAAAAAAAAUCGUAGCAACGUUGAAAAUGGGAGUUUAUUGAAACACCUCAUAUUGGAUGAUACAGAAAGUGAUAGAGGCACAAAAUGCAAAGUGCCUGUUAACAGUAAAUAAUGCAAUAUUUACUUGUAUUUAAUUAUUCAAAAAAUAAAAGCUAUUCCAAAAAUGUAUUUAUGUGGAUGGUGUAGCACACAACACAAAACAUAAUAUACGGAAAGAACGCUUACUCGGAACAAUUCAACCGGCAAC